AUGAGGGAUCACAUUUCAUCAAAUCCGAACCCCAUCUCAUCUACCCGCUCCCGCAAAAAGCAAGCUGAGGUGACGAUCGUCGGCGGUAUGCGCUCGUCUUCGCCCGCGCCGCCACCGGGCCUUUCGAGCGGGUCGUCUUCUCCGUCGAUCUCGUCUGUGGAGACUUCUUCUCCCACUGGGCUUGGUCCAGGAAUCGGUCUUGGUUUUGGAGGCUCUUUGUUUGGGGAUGGGAAUGAUGGUGAUGUUUUGGCCCCCGUAAUCACGGCUAGGAAUUCGGCUUCAGCGAGUAGGACUGGAACUGGGCGUUCAAAUGGUGCCAUGCACUCGUCGCGCGCUUCGUCUUCGUCGUGGAGCACUGCUGCGCCGUCUGCUUCAUCGGCCGCUUCGGUUGGUAUCGUGGAGCAUCAAGCUGCACCACGAACACCUGGAGAGAGGGUCUAUACAUGCUUAUUCCAUAUGCUGGAUUGUCAUGAUUCGUUCGAUCAAGUCAUGGAGUGGAAAACGCAUGUCUUGAGUCACUUCCGCACGCAUCCGACGCCACGGACGGCGCGGUGUCCGCUCUGCUCUGACGAAUUUGUCGAUGAGGGCGAUGAUGAGUCGCUGCUUCUUUCUCCCCUUUCAAUAUCUGAGCCGAAUGGGGAUGAGAAAAGUCAUAGUCAAGAAAACGAGGGCUCGAUCAACUCGGCGUCUGUCAUCACAUCUUCACAAGAUAUGGUUCAUGAUCACAGUCAAUCGCAAUUUUUAGAUUCUGCCUGGAAUCGUAUGCUCAAUCAUGUCGCUGAAAACCAUUACCAGAACGGUCAGACGUUAGCGGGUAGUCGGCAAGACUUCGAGCUCAUGCGCCACCUGUAUAACCGGCGCAUCAUAUCUGAUGCCCAGUUCAAGGCUAUGCAGCUUGCGCCUGCGCCGUCGAGUCCGGCAUAUCAUCGUUCACAGGAUGGCGUGCGAGCUAGUAUCGGGUCCUCGGAUGAGCCGUACUAUGCACCUUAUAGUCGGAGGCGGGAAGAGAGGAUGAGGGGCGCCACUAGGGGGGUUAGUGUUGUUUGA